AUGGCACAUUCCCACGAUGAUGACGACCUGGAUGCCCUUCUGGAUGAUUGCAUAAACACAAUGGACGAGCAGGAGCGCCGUCACGAGGAUGAAGUGAGGGCGCGUGACGCGGCUCGUGAAGCGGAGUUGGAGAAGCACCGUGCAGAGUCGGAUUUCGGCACUGAAAUGAUGCGCCUUAUCCAAUCGCUUGUGAAUGGCGAAUCUGGUGAUGCCGGCACGGACCCCGAUAGCCUUAUGAAUCAAUUACAGGGAGAAGUAACGCGAGUGUCGUCCCUAAUUGACGAGUUGCCAGAUGUGUCGGAGGAGGAACGCGCCAAUAUUGCGCACGUGCGAAAGAUGUUUGACAGGCUCACAACAAUGUCGUCAACGACUGAAGACGAUGCGGCAGGUGGAGAUGACAUGGGCAAUGAGGCCCUGGUGGAGGCGUUGAAGAAGUGCAUGGAAGAGAUAGGAAAAACGACUGGAGAUGAUACUGGCAACACUGCAGCCUCCGUAUCAGCUGGCACAGCGCCGUCGCUGGAGGCAACAACGGGUAUUGCCAACGCAGCGGAUGUUGAGGGUGCAGUUACUGCUGGUCUCUCAGACAUCCUGCUGGAAUGUUUACUCGACCCAGGGAUGCUGGGGGUAAUGAAGUUAAUGCAAAAGGCCUAUCCUCGUUGGUUGGCCGUCAACGAGGGGGACACUAGCGCUGAAGACCUGGAGAGGUAUAACAAGCAGUUCAAAAUCGUAAAUUCCAUCUGCGAUCUCGUAGGUGAUGCCCCUGUUGCUCGAGAGGAUGUGACGAAAACCAAUGAGUUGAUUUCCCUCACCCACGAGCUCACCUCAUUGGGUGCCCUACCACCAGGGCUUGAGAAGCUCGUCUCGGAGGAGCCACCGCGUGAGUGA